AUGGCCGCUCGGGAAAAGUUUCACAUCGGCGAACCCGAAGAAGUGGACCUCCUAACGUGCCCGAUAUGCCUGGAGACGUUUGACUCCGACCAGCGCAAGCCGAGAAGCCUCCAGUGUCUUCACACCUUCUGUCACGGCUGUCUUCAAGACUUCUCCGCCAACAAACGGACCCUUGAGUGUCCAACAUGCAGACACGAAACCGCCCUUCCCUCUCAAGGGGUCAAAGGUCUUCCGCACAAUUUCUGGAUUUCUAACAUCGCCCAGGCCUCAAAACCGGCUUCUACAGCGAAUGCUGACAGAAAAGACGGAGAUAUUUGUAGGAUACACCCAGAAAAGGAGGUUAUUUUCUUGUGUGACCGUUGUGAUGUGCUUGUGUGUGGCGAAUGCGUAGCGUCCACCCAUAGGGGCCACCCGAUGACUCUUGUGUCGGACGUUUUGCAACAGAAAACAGCAGAGGUUGAAAAUGUCGUGCGAGCCUGCCAGAAGCACGCCAUGCAGUGUGUGGAAGCCAUAGAGACGGUGGAAAAAGUAGAAUCUGAUCUUGACUCCCAAAGAGGCGAAAUCGUUGCAAAAAUCAUAGAAACGAGGGAGGCCACAAUCGCCAACAUCGAUGCCAAAGAAAGGGAGCUUCGACACGAAGUGGAACAGAAACAUGCGGACAAGUCGCAGGGAUUCGCUGGCUGUAAGCAGAGACUUAUACAGAUAAUGGAUCAGUUAGUGAAUGGUAUUCACUUAGCUGGCGAGGCUAUGGAAAAGAAAGACAUACAAGCCAUGAUGGCCAUUACAACAUCACUAGAAUCAGCUCUACUAGUAGACACUAGGAAGGCCUUAGCUGCUGUGCCAUUGUCAGAUGACGUUUCUAUCGGACUGAAAUUCGUGCCGUCGGAAACAGUGUAUGGAAACAUUCAGUUGGGAAGAUUGAAGCUGUCAACAGACACAAAAGAUGACGGAGACGAAAGGCGAAGAAAACAGGACAAAGAGAAAGACCAGGGAAACAAAAACAACGUGCCAAAAGAGGUAGACUUCACUGUCCACCGGAUUGGUAGAACAGGAGGUAGGGACGGCGAGUUUAAAACGCCACAGGGCGUGUGUACCUCGGGCUCGUGCUGUUUUGUAGUGGACAGUGGAAACAAGCGUGUCCAGGCUCUCGAAAGCGGUGGCCUAACUGGCGGGCUGUUCGCCUCCUGUCGAAGCUUCUCCAUCGGUUGGUCGUUCUGGGAUCUGCUCAUGCUGAGCCAGUCGUCAUGGCAACCUCACGACGUUGCCAAUAGCAACGAUUCCGUGUACGUGACGGACGUCCAGCACAACGUGAUACGGCAAUUCUCGACAAACGGGAACUACUGUGGUCAGUUUGGGCGGGACAUGGUUGCCAAACCGAGGUACAUUGCAGUAGAUCCAAACGACAAUGCUGUGAUCGUCGCCGACAAGGACGUUAGAGAAGUUGGUAUAUACCUAUCGAGUGGUGCCUCCUACAACAAGUUCUCUAUCGUAGGUGCACCCGCGGGAAUUAGCGUGGACAAGAAGGGACAGAUAAUCAUCUCUAUGGAGGGUAGCUCCAACUUGUCUGUGUACUCUCGCGACGGACAGCUGAUCCGUAUGACGUAUACAGAAGUAGGGGCGAUGCCGUGUAGGAGCUGUACCGACCAGGUAGGGAACGUGGUGGUUGUGGACAGCCGUCUGAAGCGCGUGCUCCUUCUGGAGUCAGGAAGAAGAGCGCAUGCGCGGGUGUUGCUGUCUGAGGAACACGGGCUGCGCGCGCCGUGGGGGGUCGCCGUGGUGCAUGACGGGAUUCUUGUGUCGGACUCCGAACAGAACUGCCUGUUCUAUGUGCGACGGAAAAUACCUGCUGGUGUUUGA